GUCUUUUGUCCGCUGUUCAAGCAGCUGAAAACUGGAAAGUCCCUGACAGACAGGAGAGCGACGGCUUCCGGAUAGGAGCUACAAUUAAAAAAAAAGGGGGGGAUAGUUCUUCGCCCCGCUUCCGCCAUGGAUUUAAAGAACCAGCAGAUGUUAUUUCACUCGGAAUUGUAACGUAUUGCCCCAGUGCGAGUGCUAGCUAGUGGUAGCAAGCUAGCUCUUUGUGUGGCUAGCUGCUAGGAUGUGUUGUUGAGCCAAAGCAACCCUCUCGUCGUCUGGGAGAAUAAAUAAUCAGUCAAAUUCAGUCGUGUUACAUAAGAGAGAAGGGAAGUUGUUCGGCUGAAGAGGAAGGAAGGAGAUGGGCAACUGUCUGAAGUCGCCGACUUCCGACGACAUUUCUUUGCUCCAUGAAUCUCAGUCGGAUCGGGCCAGCUACGGAGACGGCGCUGACACCGACCAAGAGCCACCGCCCCCUUACCAGGAGCAGAUCCAUGUUCCUAUCUACCACCCGACACCCAGCCAGGCCCGUCUGGCAACCCAGCUGACAGAAGAGGAGCAGGUGCGCAUAGCCCAGCGUAUCGGACUGAUCCAGCACCUUCCCAGGGGCGUUUACGACCCCGGGCGGGACGGCACCGAGAAGAAGAUCAGAGAGUGUGUCAUCUGCAUGAUGGACUUUGUGUAUGGGGACCCUAUCCGGUUCCUGCCCUGCAUGCACAUUUACCACAUGGAUUGUAUAGAUGACUGGCUGAUGAGGUCCUUCACCUGCCCGUCCUGCAUGGAGCCUGUGGACGCCGCACUGCUUUCCUCAUAUGAGACCAACUGACCAACGUGUGCCCACACACAUACACAUUUAUCCACACACACACACACACACACACACACACACACACACACUAGUGAACACAUCCAGGAUUAGUAAAAGCAGUCAAACAUUGGAGGCCAGAGUUCACGACUAGUGGGCCUGCUGGUCAGGAUUGCAUCUGGGAAGACAGAAUGAGAAUUUUGGAGCAAGAAAAGCAAAGGGUGACUUAUGACGACAAAGCCUUUUACACCAAACCCCUUUUAUUUACCUUUGGCAUGGACUGUGAUGUCACAUAUAAGACAAUAUCUGCCCACCAUGAUGUCUUCUCUACCAAUACUGGCUCCAAGCCGCACACACUUGAUGAAAAAAGAACAACUGUGAUCUGCAGAGAUGCAGAUUGAUCUCCCAUGAGAAAUGUCAAAUUGAUCGUUCUGUGGUGUGGUUAAAUUCCUUUUUGUUUAUUUUUUUUUAUAAAGUCAGCAUAAGGGCUGUGGUAGACCACCACCCACCCUAUACCCCCGCAUGGUAAAAAAGCUCACCUCAAGCAGUUGACUCGAAAAGCACAAAUGUUUGUCUCAGCGUCUCCUUUUGUGCCUCCAGCACAUUCAGAUCUGGUAUACCGUGAUAAGGAAGACAGAAUUUGAAGUGCGUUGGAUAAAGAAAGGGAUGCCACCCCUCCCCCGAGCCCCCAUUUGUUUGUCUUUUUGCACAGUAAUCAAGUUUGUGUUGUCCAUUUGUCACUACAGUGGAGCAGUACGGCCUUCAUUACAUGUGGGUGAAGGUUGUUUUCAGCUGCUGAAAUGUGUGAUGCAGGAAAGGAAGUGAGGAGAGGUGAUUCAUCCGAUUCAAAAAUUGCAAGCAUUUGACACCCCAUAAAAUAUGUGUGUGUGUGUUUUGAAAGACCAGUUGAAAAUGGCAAGAAUUUACAUUUUUAUGUUCAGGAGGUUCUAAGUAGAGCUUCAAAAUCCAAGAAGGAGACUAUGACAAACUAUUACAAACUAUGAACCUGAAAUAGCCGUUCAUUCGCUGGUGAAAAGAAACCCCUCUAAAAUAGAAAUACAGGACUCUUUUUAAUGAGUAGCUACUCCAUUCUUGUGAAUCACCUCAAAAAUUGCUCAAUGCCGGUGUUUCCAGGAGGCUCGUGGGAACGUUGCACCAGGUAGUGAAUGGCCUCACAGAGGGCAUCCACCGAUUUCUGUAAACUUCCCUUGCCAUCCAUCUCCAAAUGUUCUCAACUGGAUUUAGAUCAGUUGAACGCACAAGAAUGGUCCAAAAGAUUGAGGUUAGUCGUUCUUGUCAGGUGGGCAUUGUGAACUACAGCAUUAUCCUGCUGAAAAACCUCGUCAUGACGAACACAGACUAGAGCCUUCAGACAUCUGCAACAUCUCCACAUAACCAUUUGCCGUUUGACACCUCUGCACCACUUGAAGCUCCAUUGUUCCAUUGAAGGAAAAGGCACCCCGGAUCAUAAUGGCGCCCCCUCAACCGUGCCUUGUGGAAAACAUCUCAUCUCAGUCGCUUGUCAUGCCAGCAACUGGCAAAUGGGCAGACGCGUUAUGAUGGUUAUUGGAUUGCACUCGGAACCAGUAACAACCUUCAUUUGGGCCGAGGAUGUUCAUGUGUUUUGACGGACAGUCAAUCAAAUCCUUUUGACAACUGUAUGACAUUUUUGGGGCCAAUCACUUGACUUUUUCAUAAUCCUCAGGAUCUUUGGCAAAAUGUUAAAUGCCUUUCUGCGUCUCAAUAAUCCAACCACGUUCAAAGAGAGAAAGCACUUUUGCCUUUGCCAUCAAGAGGCUACAUUUUUGCCAAGAUUUUGGCUUUUAAAGGCUUUGGUCUUACACUUUGGAUCAGCUCAUGAACAGCCUAUUUCACUUUAAUGUUUCUUUGCAAUAAAUUGCAUAAUGAAAAUGUAUUAUUUUGGCGCACUCCUAUUUUUCUUUUUGCAUUUUGAAGCUCUACUGUAAUGUAAAUGUAAAUUCCCCUUUUUCAACUGGAUAUACAUACACACAUAUUCUUGCAUACAUUGCAAUACAGUGAUAUGUAUUUGCACACACAAGAACUCCCAUGUUACAGCGUAGGGGACAGUGUAUGGCGGUACAGCUACCUUUACAUGAAGGUAACGAAGGUAAAUGUAUACAGUAUCUCACAAAAGUGAAUACAUUCUUCGCAUUUCAGCAACCAGUUUUAUGACGGUGGAUCUUCUCAAGAGACAACACUAUAGAAAUGAAACUUGAAUAUGCUUAGCGGUUGUUUGUGUAUAUACUGUAGCUUGUAUAGCAGUUAGGAUUUUCUAGCUACUAGCUAGCGGGUGAAGCACUGACUCUGUUGGAGUUUUUUUUAAAUGUCAAUACAGGUAGUCUUGUAUUUAAUGUAUUUAUUAACUGAGAAACAUUGCAGUCUCAUCACUAGGGGAGUGUUUUUUUCCCGAUCUGAGUUGCGGCGGCAUUCAUGUCUGAGAAGAACUCGACAUUCGAUCAAACGUACUUAAGAUUUGUAAGAUUAAAAACGAUUACUGCAUAAAAUCUCUAUGAAAACGAUCCCAGCGUUUAAUUUGGACCGACUCCCUCGUUGUGCUCGCUUAGCAUCGUGGGAAGUGUUCUUUUAAUGUAAACAUAAGCAUUAUGCUUUGGUUAUGCAUACAAAGUUACAAAACAAUUAAAAUGUACCAGCAUUUGAUUAUGACUUAUUGUUAAAUAAUACAUAUAUGUAUAUUCUGUCAUUGUUUUCUUAAAAGUUAAAAUAUCGUCUUGUCUCUUUUUGGUGAGCCCAAUAUCGUGUAUCGUCUAGUCUUAUGAGCUGAAUGUAUCGUGACCCCCUACCCCUUGGUAUUGUCCAAUGAGAAGAUGUACGGUAAUAAGAAUGGUUGCUGCAAUGUUGGGGGGUGUACUCACUUUUGUGAAUCAUGUUUGUACAAUAUUGUGCAAAAGUCCUAUGAUAUUUGUAUUUUGUUAUUUUAGUGUUAUGUAAUGUAACUCUUCCCACAGUUUUGAGUCACUUGCAUAGAAUCGUCUCCUUCACUGCAAAAACUACAAAAUAUCAGGGAUUGGGUUUGAACAAAAUUGAUCAGAGACUGUGGAGUAAUAAUACUGCUGUGUCGACAGCUAAGGCUAGCAUUAGCUUGUGUGUUUACUUUUGUCAUUUUACAUAUUUGACCAUUCUCGCCAUGUAUCCUGUUGAUAUAAUACAGAGAUGUGCUCACAUAUGCGGUAUUGACUUGACUGACACAUGCUCGGAACUACAAAUAGUACCUUGUAGUCCCUGAUUUUGACAGUAAAAGUCAAUAGAGCUGAGUAGACACGUGGCAUUAAUAAAACUAUCCACUGAGACUGAUAACGACAUAAUCAUCGUCUAUAAACAAGGAAGUAGCCAGGGAUAGUAAAGACAAAUACAUUGUGGAGGUCCAUACUCGAGACUAUUUUGCACAAUACUGUAUGUGUAUCUCCAACUAAUCAUUCUUCUAUAACGCAUUGACACUAGUAGCUCAUUUGAAGUUGAGCUGUGGUGCAGCUGAUAGUGGUGCUCGUAUUAUUUAUUCCCAGAAAAAUGACUCAUGGGCACAAUGAAACAGCUGCACACAAAGUUGCCUAACUGUGGGUAGAAGGUUCUGUGUGUUUGCCGUGCUUGUGUGAGGAUCCUUGUUAGAUAUUUCCUCGUUCCAAUAUGCUGAGCGUAUUAUAAUAAAUAGACACUGCAACUGA